AUAAAAAAAAACAAAACUUUACAGAAAAAAAAAUUAAAAAAAAAUUAUAAUUAUAAUAAUAUAUUAAUCAUUAUAAUGGAAGUUCAAACGGUUGAAAAGAAACCCAACACCGGGAAGCAAACAGUGACGGCGACUGAAGAGACUUCAUCGGUGGCUGAACGUACUAAAGAGGUGACCAAGGACACUGCCAACUCGCAUCUGGAGCAAAAGGCUAAGAGUGUGCAGUCGGAGGAGUCGACCAAGUCGGUGUCGGAGACGGUGGAGAAGCUGGCGAACGGUGGCAUAAAGAAAAAGACGGUCAUGUCUUCGUCGCAACAGUUCUCCUCCGAAGAAUCGUUCGAGGAGAGCUGGUCAUCCACUGGGCCCACAAUCACCACCACUGUAACCAAACAGAUCGAACAAUAAUUACGGAUAUUUCAAUAUUUUAACAAUAUUUACUCAACUAAUAUGAGACGAGCCGCAGUAAUCUAAGAAAAAGUCGCGUCCGGUGUAAUGUUUUUCGAUGUAAUUAAACGUUGUACCCACCGCGCCAAGUGUAACAUAACCACGUAUAACGUGUGCGAUUCAAAAUGUUUGAUUUCUUAUUAUAAUGUUAUUGUUAAGAUUUUUUUUUUCCCCUUCGGCACAACCGUAUCAAUUUAACCGGACAUUAAUAUCGCGUUACGAUUCCGAUGUUCACUAUUUACUAUUGUAAAACUAUAACAAUACACACGAUUUACAUAGUAUAA